CCGCGUGAUACCUACUGUGGACGGUAGUGCUGGUGCCUGGCAACGGCAGCGGAGAGAGGGAGAGAGAGAGAACUCGGCAGCGACGCCCUCCCCCUCACAAAAGCCCUCUCCCCCAAUCCACCGCUCGCCGGGAAAUAUCUCGCCCCUCUCCACACGGAAUCCACGCGCCGGGGCCUGCGGGUGAGGAGUAGGAGGAGCGGAUGGAGUCGUCCUCGUCGGGCGGCGGCGCCAGCAAGACGCGGCGGAGCGGCAGCUGGGGCAGCGCGGGCGGCGGCGACCCCUUCGACAUCCCCGGCAAAGGCGCGCCCGUCGAGCGCCUCAAAAAGUGGCGGCAAGCAGCUCUUGUCCUGAAUGCAUCAAGGCGAUUCAGGUACACAUUGGACUUGAAAAAAGAGGCGCAAAAGGAGGAAGUCAUUAGAAAAAUUCGUGCACAAGCUCAUGUUAUCAGGGCCGCAUUCCGUUUCAAAGAAGCAGCUCGAGUCGGUACGACUACAAAGGACGCACCAGAAGCUCAUGCCGAUGGUGCUCUUGGCUUUGGAAUUAAAGAAGACCAGCUUACAGCACUGACCAGAGAUCAUAACUACUCUGCUCUACAGCAGUAUGAAGGGAUUUCAGGGCUAGCAAAUAUGCUAAAGACAGAUACUGACAAGGGGAUCAGUGGAGAGGAGUCUGAUAUUGAUGCGAGAAAGAAUGCAUUCGGGUCGAACACAUACCCUCGCAAGAAAGGAAGAAGCUUUUUGGCCUUUGUGUGGGAUGCUUGUAAAGAUUUGACACUCAUCAUCCUCAUGGUCGCCGCUGCGGUUUCAUUGGCCUUGGGCAUAUAUACAGAGGGGAUAAAAGAAGGGUGGUAUGAUGGGGCCAGCAUUGGUUUUGCUGUACUCCUUGUUAUUUUUGUUACAGCUACCAGUGACUACAAGCAAUCGUUGCAGUUCCAAAACUUGAAUGAGGAGAAACAGAACAUUCAAUUGGAGGUUGUGAGAGGUGGAAGGCGAAUCAAGGUAUCAAUUUUUGAUUUGGUUGUUGGAGAUGUGGUGCCCCUCAAGAUUGGUGACCAGGUACCUGCUGAUGGAGUCCUUAUUAGUGGUCACUCCUUCUCCAUAGAUGAAUCGAGCAUGACUGGCGAAAGCAAAAUAGUAAACAAAGACCAGAAGUCACCGUUUAUGAUGUCCGGUUGCAAAGUUGCCGACGGCUAUGGUACAAUGCUGGUGACCGCUGUUGGUAUUAACACCGAGUGGGGUUUGUUAAUGGCGAGCAUAUCUGAAGACUCUGGUGAAGAAACACCACUACAGGUUCGCUUGAAUGGUGUUGCUACCUUCAUUGGAAUAAUUGGACUUUCUGUUGCUGUUGUUGUUCUCGUUGUCCUCUUGGCCAGGUAUUUCACUGGGCAUACGUACAAUCCGGAUGGCACUCCGCAAUAUGUGAAAGGAAAGAUGGGUGUCGGUGAGACAAUACGUGGAGUAGUUAAAAUCUUCACAGUGGCGGUCACAAUUGUGGUUGUGGCUGUUCCCGAAGGACUACCAUUGGCUGUCACAUUGACGCUCGCCUUUUCGAUGCGCAAAAUGAUGAGGGAUAAAGCUCUGGUCAGGAGACUUUCGGCAUGUGAGACAAUGGGUUCUGCAACAACAAUUUGCAGUGACAAGACUGGGACAUUAACUUUAAAUCAGAUGACUGUUGUUUUUUUCGUCCAUGAAGCUGAACAUGUGUUUCUUCCUUUUAACAUGUUAUGGUUCAGCUGUGUGGCUACUGACUUUUGUUCACUGUCACAGGGUGGUCAAGCUCCAGAGGUGACUGGAUCGCCGACUGAAAAGGCUAUACUGUCUUGGGGGUUGCAGCUUGGUAUGAAAUUCAGUGAAACAAGAUCGAAAUCCUCCAUUCUUCAAGUCUUCCCAUUCAAUUCAGAAAAAAAGCGAGGCGGCGUCGCAGUCCAAGUGGGUGACUCUGAGGUUCACGUAUACUGGAAAGGAGCUGCUGAACUUAUUUUAGAGUCAUGCACUGGUUGGAUUGACACGGAUGGUUCAAAGCAAUCAAUGACCCCUGAGAAAGUUGGUGAGUUCAAGAAAUUCAUUGAAGACAUGGCUGUUGCUAGCCUUCGCUGCGUCGCCUUUGCUUACAGGCCUUGUGAGAUGAGUGAUGUUCCAAAGGAGGACCAGAGGGCUGACUGGGUAUUACCUGAGGAUAACCUGAUUAUGCUUGGGAUCGUGGGAAUAAAGGAUCCCUGCCGCCCAGGAGUUCAAGAUUCUAUUCGCUUGUGUGCCGCAGCUGGCAUUAAGGUCCGCAUGGUCACUGGAGAUAAUCUUCAAACUGCCAGAGCGAUUGCCUUGGAAUGUGGUAUUCUUACUGAUCCUAACGUAUCAGAGCCAACCAUCAUUGAAGGGAAGACCUUCCGGGAGUUGUCAGAUUUGGAAAGGGAGGAAGUCGCCGACAAAAUCUCUGUUAUGGGGAGGUCUUCACCAAACGAUAAACUUCUACUUGUUAAGGCACUCAGAAACAAAGGUCAUGUUGUUGCUGUAACUGGUGAUGGCACGAACGAUGCCCCAGCACUGCAUGAGGCCGACAUUGGUCUCUCGAUGGGCAUCCAGGGAACUGAAGUUGCCAAGGAGAGUUCUGAUAUUAUUAUCCUGGAUGACAAUUUUGCGACACUCGUGAGGGUUGUCAGAUGGGGACGUUCAGUUUAUGCAAACAUUCAGAAAUUCAUUCAGUUCCAGCUGACUGUCAAUGUUGCAGCCUUGAUAAUUAAUGUAGUUUCUGCUGUCAGUUCUGGUGACGUGCCACUGAAUGCUGUCCAGUUGCUCUGGGUUAAUCUAAUCAUGGACACGCUGGGAGCGCUUGCAUUGGCGACUGAGCCACCAAACAACCAUCUUAUGCAGAGACCACCAGUUGGGCGGAGGGAGCCUUUGAUAACAAAUAUCAUGUGGAGAAACUUGCUCAUAAUGGCUUUCUAUCAAGUUGCAAUCCUCCUUACUCUCACCUUCAAGGGCGUGAGCCUUCUACGGUUGGAACAUGACAACCCAGCGCAUGCUGAAAUUCUGAAAAAUACCUUCAUAUUCAACACAUUUGUUCUCUGCCAAGUGUUCAGUGAGUUCAACGCUCGGAAACCAGAUGAGCUGAAUAUUUUCAAGGGUAUUGCAGGGAACAAACUCUUCAUUGCCAUUAUAGCAAUAACGGUUGUGCUCCAGGUGCUUAUCAUCGAGUUCCUUGGCAAGUUCACGACAACAGUCAGGUUGAGCUGGCAGCUGUGGUUGGUGUCCAUAGGUCUUGCUUUUAUCAGCUGGCCGUUGGCACUCGUGGGAAAGCUUAUCCCUGUUCCAGACCGUCCGUUCUUAGAGAUGUUCUCUUGCUGCUGCCCAGGGAAGAAAGAGGCUGAUGAUGGGAAGGAAGGCAGUGGUGUGAAGCAAAUCGAGGUGGUGUGAAGUGAUGGGCUGACGUUGAGGAGGACCUUUGCAGUUUUUGCUUGGAGCUUUUAACAUGAUCGGGGCUGUAAUUAUCUGGUGAUUUGGAUCUGUAAAUACACUAGGUUUGGAGUGGAUGCUAGGUCUCUCACUUUUGGAGAUUUGCCACGAUAUCUUUUAACAACUACACGCCUGGCCCUGCCCCCUGGUGGCUGACUUGGAAGCUGGAAUUUAGCUUCAAAUGGAUGUUGGGAAGGAGCACUAAUAUCAUCUUCGUGGCAGUGCACUGGGUCUUCGUUUGCACCAUUUCGUUCCGUGAGAUCAGAUAACUUGCAGAGUAGGGCACAUAACUACUAUUUGAAAACCAUUUCGGUUUGUGUUGUCGUUCAAAAUGUAAACAAAUGGAUCAAUCCCGAAGGUGUAACCAUAUCUGACGUACUUGGGGUGCCUUGAUGCUGCUUCA